GCGAUUGGGUGAGCGCGGAGCUAAACUGUGUUGUACAGUAAAAAGACAAGUCGCCGAUAACAAAAACAACAGCUGCGGCCGCACGAGGCCGACUAAAGACACAUUCGAACUUUCUGGACUUAAAAUACCAAGAUUUCGGAUGUCACGAUGGCUGCAAAAUUCACCAUUUCAGACAGUGAGUCCGAGUCAGAGGAGGUAAAGGAAGGAGAAAAUAACCAAUCAUCAACUGUGGAAGAGCAGCAUGUUCCCCAACGACACAAGCUUACGCUACCUGAGUUCAGAAACGCAGGGAUCGGUCGAAUCAGGCUGAACUCAGAGUCCCAUGCCUACACUGUCUCCAAAGAUGAAGAGCUCCAGGCCAGGGGGGAAGAAGAGGCUGGCACCCCCACCGACGGAGCCCCAUUCAGGGGACGGUCAAAAUCGGCUCCACCUGCCUUGUGGGCAGCCCAAAAAUAUGGUCGGCAGCUCCGAAGGAUGAGCGACGAGUUCGACAGCCUGCUAGACAAAGGGGAGAUGAAAAAGGUGAGAAAUCCCGGGCCAGCCAAACAAAUGCACCACUCUAAGAGCUGGUGGAGCUACCUCUUCAGUCACCAGGAGAUGGAGGGAGAAAAUAACCACCAUGAAAACCACACCAGCCGCACUGAGUAAGCACUGAGAGAAGAAACCUGUGUGAUACAAAGCCCAAGGAACAGAUGAAUUGAUGGAAAUAAUAGAAAGCAACUGGAAAAUGAAGAGAACAAUAGCGAUGAGAAGAAUGAGAUCUGCUCUAAGCAGAGAGAAAAAAGAACAGUUUGAUCAAAAAGAGAGAGAGCCAAACACAAAGGUAUGACUGUGCCGGACCCUUGUCAUUUUAUACAUCAUUGCUAACUACAUCUGAAUAGAUUUUUUUGUAUUUGUGUUGGUUGUGAUGUUAAUGAUAUUGUUGGGCAGCCUACUGUGAAAGGGUGAUAGUCAGUCAAGCAUGAGGAUAGACUGCAAGCUGUCAGAACCCCAGAGACCGGAUGAAAUGAUGGACCAAGAGAGAAGAGAUCACACAAAGACCAGUUCAUGUGAAGACAACUUUAAAAAUGCUAACUAUUUUAGCUGCCUCGCCUAUUAAAAAUAUGCAACAAACUGUAUAGGCGAGAUUUGUGCUCCAAAAUCCAAACACCUGAGGCUACCUUGUAUGCUGUUAGAAUUUCCUUCCUCAUUUUUUGUUUGUUUUUAAUCAGGAAAUGUUAGUGUCUUAGGAUUGCUUGUGUUACUCCAAAAGCUGAUGAGCACAAGCUAAUGAAGACCGCUGUGUAUGUGUGCCAAAACAAUCUGCAGGCAACAGAGGAGGUGUUUUAAAAGGAAGGAUUUUUUAAAGUAUUCAACUAGGGCCUUUUCCAGCUUCCUGCUCUGCUACCUGCAAGACAGUACAAUAUUUCAACCACAGUACUUGACUAUCACAAACUGCUUUAUAUCUGAAAUAAUCAAAAGAAGAACAAUCUUGUACAAGGACAAUCUCUGAUGCAGAAAAAAUAUCUUUUGUAAAACUUCAGGGUUAUAUUCUAUCUAAAGAAUAUAAAAUUAAACAUACAUAUAAAAGCACAAACCAAUAUGAAUAUAUCUUUUUAAAUCCUUGGAUGAGCAAAAAAGCAGACUUUGAAUUUUUAAGUGUAAAUAUUUUUGUUAAUAUUUUAUCAAAUGGGCGAGUGGGAAGUUGCAAAAUAUGUGAUUUAGCAAGAAUUUUAUUUUACAAGUUCUUAUAUUACAAAGUGACUGUGCUUUUCAAUGAUUUUGGCAAACCUAGCAAUAGGCUGUGUACAAUCCAUGGCUGUUGUGAUUAAUGUUACGUGCAUAUUUAAAGAUGUGGGUUAGGAUGAAUUAGCUGCUGGAAGCUGAGCCUUUGCGCCCGUUCAGUCAGUAGCCAGUGCUUACAGAAGAUGAACUACAAAGAGUCGCACUAAAGACAACAGUAAGGAUCUGAAUGGAGUUGCUCUGAUAUCAGUAUUUGAAAUGCCUCUGACCGAUACUGCCAGUGAUCUAACAUCUGUGAGUGAUCAAUAUAGUCAUUUGAGAGGUCACUGAUAACCUCAAAGGUGCUAGUGAUUGGCUUUUUUCUUAAAGCUCCUGUGAGGAUUUUUUUAAGGUGGAUAUGGAAGGCCUUGUGGGAUCUACAAAAGCAGCAAGACCAUCUGUGACACUACUUAUAAUUGCUCAUUUAUAAUAUUUAAUACUGUAAUCACUGCUCCUGGAAGUCUCAGAGUGUUGUCGAUUUUUUCACACCUAAGACUGAGAGUGUGUGAUACGAUUGACAGUUAAAAGGCAGGAAGAUGAGGUUGUUUUUUUCUCUGAAAGCACUAGUUACACACAUAGACAUCUCCACAGAGGUAUUAAAGACACCCCCUUUGUCCACAGGGGUCAUCAAAAUUGUCCACUCAGUUCUUCACAGGAGCUUUAAGGCUAAGCUGUCGGAAAGUUUAAACUUUAUUUCUGUAACUCACUGAUAUCAGAGGGGCAUUCGGUAUCGGCAGGAGAAAAAUGGCAUUUUAACAUCUCUAGAUUUUAAACACAAUUUUUUUUCCAAACUGUUUGCAAUGGGUGUUUGGAAAAUCUGUUUCCAGCCAAGCUGGAUUUUUUAUGCAGGGUGUUACUGUCAUCUGCACUUAGAUGUGAAUACAAUGGGAUCUCUGUCUGUUAAGAAUUAGUGGAGGAUUGCUCGUGAUUAUUACAUUCAAUCUUUUGAUAAGUUGGCACAUAAUGCUUAAAAUAUGACCUUUAAGGAAAUUGUACUAUUCAUAAGAUUGAUUUCUAACUACAGUUAGAGCUGCCAUUCAUGUUGGUAUAUUCAUUAGGCUAUGCUUGACUUUUAUAUUGAUAUGUGAUUAUGGAAAAUGGUAAAAGGUUUGUUCUUCUUGUGUCUUACUCGUGUCCUCCAAAGUGGUAGGGCUGUUUUUGUGAUGUACGUGGGUCUGCAGGCUACGGGGCUGCAUUUGCAUUGUCUUGACACAAAAUAUUUUAUUCUCUCUUUUUCAGUCCCUUAUAUGGAAGCCCAUUUCUGACACUAAAAAAAGAACAAUGUGAAAAGGUGAAAGGUCAUAAUUAUGAGAUUUUUAAAAACCGUAAUUGAGAUAAGAGUCAAAAUUGAGAUAAAAAGUCAUUAUUAUGAGAUAAUUUGUCAAAAUUAUGAGGGGAAAAAAAGUCACAAUUAUGAGAUAAAAAGUCAAAAUUCUGAGAUAAAAAAUUGGAAUUAAGAUUAGAGUAACAUGAAAUAAAAUGUCUUAACUAUGAGAUAAAAAGUCCUUAUUACGAGAUAGUCAAAACUAUGAUGGAAAAAAGUCAAAAUUAGGAGAUAAAAAGUUGAAAUUAGGGGAUAAAAAGUCAUAAUUGAGAUAAUAGUCCAAAUUGAGACCAAAAAAAUCAUAAUUAUGAAGAAAAUCAUAAUUAUGAGAUAAUUCAUAAUAAUGAUAUAGAAAAACAAGAUUAUGAGGAUAAAAAUCCAAAACUAUGACUAAAAAAUGUCAAAUUACGAGAUUUAAAGUCAGAAUUAUGAGAUUAAACAGUCAACGCUAUGAAAUGACUUUAUCUCAUAAUUUCAACUUUUUAUCUCAUAAUUACAAUUUAGGAUUUUUUUUUCUUCUUUUUUUUUAGAAUUGCUUAAACUUUACCCUUUUUUUUCUUUUUGUAUUUGGCGAAAUAGGCUUCCAUACUUUCAUAAACAUAGGGAAGAAACAUUUUUAAAUCAGAAUUCUUAAGACAAUCAGAGUGGCACCACCAUUUGUCUACCCUUUCUUAUGGUGCUGUGUGCAUCAACCUGACUGUUUAACAUUUUUGACUUAAACCAUUUCUGACUCUUUUUAAGUACCUGGCGCAAAGCUCCCAAAACUUUUCAUACAGUUAGACUGAUGCUGAUACAUAAAAAUAACUUACCUGAAAAAAGUAACUGAACCUUCACAGCCUUUGUAGUUCUCAAACAUAGUGAUAGAAUAAACAGGAAUGGUUUAGACUAAUUUUGCUGUCAGAAUGAGAAGUGACAAAGUAGUGAAGAAGCCCUCCCAGCAGACCUGCACCUCUUCGUUGACACAAGACUGAAUCAUCUUAGCAGAGAAUAUAAUCAUGGUGUUGAGAGCUUGGAACCAGAUAGAAAUGCUUUACUCUCUCUUGGAAAAUAAAGUUCAGCUGGAAUUUAUGAGCAUAUGAUUGCUCUAAACUGCCUUGAACAUGCUGUAACCUGUGAUGUGGCACCACAUAGCCAGCCUUGUCUGUUUGCCCAACUACCGCCUUAAACAUUACAGCUCACUGUCACAUUUUGAUAGAAAAAGCACAUAACAAAAGAGGUGUGUUUACUGACACAAAAAAGAAAACAUUAUCAUGGCUAAUGCAGUCUUUUUCUCUUAAAUAGCCAUCCCAUUUAAUGGGUUCUGACUCAGAUAUUUGUGGCUGUAAACACACCUUAGAUGAUAAAGCUGCAUGGGCACCUGGAGUUUUGCUACCAUCCUUGAUAUUACUUGAAAGUGGAGAUAUGUGGAGAUAAUUUAAUUCUAACAAUUGCUUCUUUUUUGUUGAAUUCCUUUUUGUUUUUCAAUGACUUUGUAAAUGAAUUUUCUCUACAGCUGUAAAACUUCUGGUUUAUGAUGUCCUGAAUAAAUAAUUUUAAGAGUG